AGGUACUUUUAAACAUAAUAUAAACAAAAGGGUAAACCUUGCAACCUGACCCACCGCAUCUCGUGGCCAUGGUCGUGGCCAUGGCUUCUCUCACUUGCUUCUCUUUAAUUCACCCUCUUCUUCUUCGUCGUACUUCAGCACUUCCGGCUAUUCCGAACGGCUGCUUCCACCAUUCCUCCACGCUGGACCGGGUUCUCUCCUCCGUCAACCCUCAUCGAGCUACUCCACGCGCGAUGCCAAAGACCAGUUUCUCCCCCGGUCAAGACCAAGUCGCUUCCACUGGUGAUCUUGAAUUUGAAGGACCUCUGAAAAUUGUGAAGUAUCCAGACCCGAUAUUGAGGGCGAGAAAUAAGAUCAUAGUCACCUUCGAUGCUAAUCUGAAGAAGCUUGUCGACGAAAUGUUUGACGUAAUGUACAGAACUGAUGGUAUUGGUCUCUCAGCACCUCAAGUAGGAAUUAAUGUGCAACUUAUGGUGUUCAAUCCCAUAGGUGAGCGUGGUGAAGGAGAGGAAGUUGUUCUUGUAAAUCCAAGAGUUGGCAAAUACUCAAAGAAAAUGUCACUCUUUACUGAAGGUUGCCUAUCUUUCCCCGGAAUUAAUGCUGAUGUAAAGCGACCAGAAUCUGUGAAGAUCAAUGCACUUGAUGUCAAUGGAACCAGGUUUUCCGUCAACAUGUCUGGCCUUCCUGCACGGAUAUUCCAGCAUGAGUUUGAUCAUCUACAGGGAAUUCUUUUCUUUGACAGAAUGACUGAUGAAGUUCUUGAUAGUGUUCAUGAACAGUUACAGCUAUGGCAGCUGCAAGCAAAGUUGCAUUGGGGUUUCAACUAUUCCAAGCAUGAUGAUCAAGCCAAUUGGACCUUGCAGCACAAAAAUAUAUUUAUUCCUCCUAAGUCAAAUACAAAUAUGAGUGCUCCUGUAGUGCACUGACCAUUAAACAAAGCAUCAUCAGUACGCUAUGGUUGUAAUCAGAUCCUCAAGCUCCCUUGGGAACUACAUUGUUGCACAGGAUUGCAGAUUAUGAGCUGUAAUAUUGGAAACACGUUGUUUUCCUUGAUGGCCUGUGCUACUACUGCUUUUGGCUGCCUCUCGAUUUGCUGUCAACACCCUUUUGAUUUUGUGUCUCCCUGUCAGUGUACAUAGACUCCCUUUUGGUAGUUUUGGCCAGGGUACUGGGUUGAUCAUAGUCAAUUAUUUCUUAAUCUUUAGAACCAAAUGAUGUUCUUUUUGUUUUCUCACCUUGCACCACAGAGGAUGGAUGAUCUUGCUUUUCAAAAAUGGAUGCCUUCUCGGACCAAGACAAAUCCAGUAAUCUCUAUUUCUACCUCUUUUUCCAAUCCCUUAAAACUUUCCACUUCUGGUUCUUGGACCAAAACGUGGAUUUGUUGCUCCCAUUGGAUUUGCUCCUCUUAGUUUUUCCUCUUCUGGUUCCAAGAUUUCUGUCCCCACAAUUCUUGUUCCUUUCCUUGAAUGAUUAUAUAUUUUUCAGUAUUUGUUUCUGACCUCCAAGUUGCUGGCUCUUUGUUCUCCAAUUCAUUCUCUAUUUUGUUUUCUUACACCCAAGAAACUUCAUCUUUGACCCAAAGUGGCAGAUUUAGGUCAUAAUCAAGAUUGAAUUCUUUGAGUGAAGCCUUCACAAAGUCCCACCAUGAUGCAUACGGAUGGUCCCCUUUCCACACAAACUGCCAAAUGAAAGCUCGUACCCACAUAGCCUUUCCAACCUUUUGUAUUUUCUCUUCGUCAGGUAUUGCAGUGGCCUCAAAGUGCUGCUUCACGUUAAUAAGCCACCAAGUUUCUGUCCCUUCAAAUUUUGGAAUAAUCUUCAAGAACUCAGCUCCAACGUCAGAGCUCUAAUACUAGUUGAUAGAAACUGAGUAUCUUAUUGAGAAGAACUAAGGAUGGACCUCAAUUACAAGAAUAGAACACUACAGUUCUUCGGGGGACUGCUCCUCCCAAGCCAAAGGCCCCAUGCAACACCUACAUGUAUUUUAUUUAUUUGUUUAUUUAAUAAAUAUAUAGUAGAAUUUAUAAAUCACUAUGUAAAUGAGGUAGCUACGAAGAUAGCAUAGUUAUAGAUAACGUGAUUUUAGAUAACAGAAUAUUAUGUAAUGCUAUGCAAUCAUUGAGCACUAUUAUAAAUAGAUAGCACCGUUGUGUAUUCCAACACACAGAUUCAUCCUAUGUCAUCUUGUUUCUCUCUCUC